GCGUCGAUGUCUGCAAUUUCCCGCGUGCAACGCGCCUCCUCGUGUUUUUGUAUACCAACUACCUAACUCCUACCUACACGAGCGACAUCGGCGAGUGUAAAAUGUGUUUGUCGUGUGCAAGGAAACGCGAGCAAGAAACGAGCAAGAAACGAGCAACGAGUGACGAGCGUCGAAACGAACGAAGCAUCGGGAGAGUGAGUCUGUUCGGUUCGGAGUUGCGUGCUCCGCUCCGAGACCGGAGAUGUAUCUCUAGGAACGGCAUGGCAUGGUCGAGGGCCGGCGUCUAUCGAGCGCCGCGUGCCGCAGACUGAUCGCCCAUUGGCCGGAACAGCACCUGCUCGGAUUGGCACGGUCGUGGAGGGGCGCCAUUACGCUCUAGUACCGCGGAUAAGGCAUAGAGGGCUAUAGACUGAACAUACAUGGGUCAUAAAGGAUUCGAAGAAGUAGAGGAGAAGGACGCGUAAGAAAUACUCUGCAAUAGGGUUAAACGACAACGACGUUGUUGAUAUUACUCUUAAGUGGCCGGUCGUAAAAACAACGUAUAGCGGUGUGCGGUCGUACAAUCACACAGACUAUGAUAAAUAAUAGUGCGCGACGGUGUAGUGAUUGGGGCCUUGCACAACAGCAAUGAGUUCCAAAUUUAUCAUCGAUAGCAUGUUACCUAAGUAUCACCAACAAUUCCAUCACCAGCAUCAGUUAUUUCAAAGUCCAGUAAGCACAUCUUCGAUCGAAGCUAGUCUCGCCUCAGUCGUCAACUACAGUUCCUCCGGAUCUCCGAGCGGUUCUUCUCCUCAACAUUCGAACAGCAGCGCUUCCUCGACGUCGCCCGCCUCCAGGAUGUAUCCGUACGUGUCAGCGGCCACGGCUGCCGCCCAUCACCAUCAUCAACAGCAAGCGGUGGCGGCAGCCGCCUUCGGCGCGGCCGCCGCAUCAGGCAGCAUGGUCCCGACGGGUUUCGCAUCGAGCGCGAGCACCGCCGCUUUGGCGGCCGCCGCCGCCGUCGACGCCGCUUCCGACAAAUCCUGCAGAUAUACGGCCGGUUUGACUGGUAACGUCGGUCCGGCCGAUUCGAUGGUUAAUUACACGUUGGGCCAUCACCAUCAGAACGGUGCGGCCGUUUCGGCGGCGGCCAGUUCGGUUAGCGCGGCGUCCGCCUCCAUGGCCGUGGCGGCGCAAUUCUAUCAUCAAGCGGCUAGUGCCGUCGUCGAUCCGUUGAAUUCCUGCUCUCAAACUACGGCGCCCGGCGGACAACCCAUUCCUGAUAUUCCCAGAUAUCCUUGGAUGUCAAUCACAGACUGGAUGAGUCCCUUUGACCGGGUCGUCUGUGGUGAGUACAAUGGUCCGAACGGCUGUCCUAGGCGAAGAGGCAGGCAAACCUACACCCGCUUCCAAACCUUAGAACUCGAAAAGGAAUUCCACUUCAACCACUACCUGACGAGGAGAAGGCGCAUCGAAAUUGCGCACGCCCUGUGCCUGACGGAAAGGCAGAUAAAAAUUUGGUUCCAAAACAGGCGGAUGAAGCUGAAAAAAGAGCUGCGGGCGGUGAAGGAGAUCAACGAACAGGCGAGGCGAGAGCGCGAGGAACAGGAGCGACACAAGCAACAGCAGCAGGAGAAGCAGCAAAAGUUGGAACAGAACCUGCACUCGCACCAUCACGAUCCGAUGAAGAUGAAUCUAGACAAAUCGGCCAGCUCGGAUCUUCUCAAAGCCGUUACGAAAGUUCCCACAUAAACGCAAUCGGUGAUAGAAUGUUUUUCGACUCUUUGUGUUAAAUAAUAUAUACGUAGAUCAAAGUGAGGUUAAGCUCGUUUCACGUUCGUUGUAAAAUCGGACUUCUCGAAAGCGUUUUUACCAUAGAAUAUAUCAUUACUUGCGGUUUUUUCAACGCUGGGAUGCUGCUGCUAUCGUCUACAAGUCGGAUUGGAGUUUGCGUAAAACGAACUGUUGGUAUUCAAUUUUGCUCGUUGCAGAAAUAAAAAUGCUAUGAUUUAUCUACAAAUACUCAUCUGCGAGUUGAAUUCAAUGUCUACAAAUUAAAACUUUCCAAGUAAUUGGAGAGUAGGUACCAGUGUUUUAACGUAACAGGAGCAAAAAAUCGAGUUAUUAGACGGCGAAAGUGAUGAAGAAGAACUCUCCUAGCAGUAUUUUUAGCUUCGUUAAAUUGUGUUUUUAAUUCGUUGUAAAUAUGGGUAGUGUAUUUCACGUUAAUAUGUUUUUAUACUUAAAAGUAACUAUAUUUUCUUUUUAUUGAGUUUUUUUUAUUAACGAUCAGAUUGCUGAUCUAAACUUGACGUUAUUUUACGUACCAUUGUUGUGAUUAAUUAUUCCUUGUUUGUUUUUAUGUGUGGCAUUUUCGAAUGCCCUUAUCACUUAUUGUGAUGCUCCAGUGAGCACGUAAUUUGUGUUUUUGAUAGAUUUUUUAGAGUGAAAAAAAAUAUUGGAAAUUUUCUUUUUAAGCAAUGUUUGUGAAUUUUAAAAAUAUGAUCUUUAAAUAUUUAUUUUAUGCUCUUUCAUUAUCGAUUCUUAUAUUUUCGAAUAAGUACAAAAUAAGUAUAAAGAAAAAUCGAUAAGAAAAUUUAUAAGUGGAGGAUUUUCUGUAGAUAACUGGCGCAAUCAUCUAAUUUAUUUUCACUCUAAAAAUUGCCCUUCAUUUAGGUACCUAUACCACAUUUACUUAUCUGCAUUUAGAGUGAAGCAAAUUUUGGGAAUUUAUAGUUUUACACCAUUCUAUGAUUGUUGUAUUUUGUAUUAAUUCUUAAUGAUUAUUUGUUUAUUCCAAUUGUCAUUGCUAAAAUGAGCUAUAUUAGAGGCAGCUAUAUUACAAAAUUCUGAUAUAGAAUUCUCAUCCAAAAUUAUCAACAAAAAAUUCUUCAAUGCAAGUCCCAACUUUUGCUGUCACCUAGUAUUCGAUAUAUUGCAAUAUUUAUUUGUUAUUUGUUAAAUUUUUGUUUAUUUUCCUAUUGUGCCAAGCUUGUUAAGCUAUUUUCAGCCGCCAUUUCGACGAAAUGAAUAUAUUUUUUAAAAAGUAAUAAGUAGAUUUCCGAUAAAAUUUGAUAUUCUGGCCGAGUAAUUUUACUCUAAAUACUCUUAAUACGUAAUUUGGUGUCAGGGUAGAAAACAAACAAAAUACCAUAAAAAUUGUUCUUCGACAAAAAGGAGCAGUUUUCCUACUAAUAUUCAAUACCAGUUACGAACGGUUUGGUAUAUAAAUCUCGAUCGAAUUAAUAGAAUAUUUUUUACAAAUUUACGCAAAAAUGGCGUUACGUUAUUUUUCGAUAUAGGUCAAAUGUCAUUAUUGGCAAUUAAGUUGUAGUUUAAACUCAUAUUAAUUAUUGACAGUUCUGAUAAUUGAUAAAAUCAAUCAAAUAACGUAACAUAAUUUUACGUAACUUCGCAAAAACACAAUUUAUCCAAAUUAUUCCAUCAAAUCCAAUAAUUAUUUUGCAACCUUUUUAUGGGAUUUAUAAACCAACCAAAAUAUCUAAAAUAUUGAAAAUAUAUUCUUGUCUUUUCUAAUUCUAUCAGGUGUAAAAUAUUUUCUUAGAGAUCGAUGUUGUUUUGUGAUUAUACUAUGUAAUAGUUCAGCCGGUGGGACGCAAACAUCCCUUACCGGCACCCAAUUAUAGAUACGUAAAAUUGUACAAUAUUUUCAGAGCAACACAAAAUGUAAAUUUUAAUAAUUGUAUAGUUUCUGUUGGAUAUGUAAAAAUAUACACGUAUACGCAAUUUUUCUUUUUAGUACAGAAAUCUUAAAAAUAUUUAUCAGAGGAAACUCGUUAUUUCACGAUUGAUCUAUUGUAUAAAUCAAAUUAAAUUUUAAUUAAAAACACAAAUAAUAAUAUGGUUCUACAAUAUAGAAAAUUUUCACUAUUUUCCAAAAUUUAUUUAAGCAGAAAAAUUACGUUUUUAUUAUAAUUUUCAAAUUAUUCAUAUUGUAAACAUUAACAGAUUCAUUUUGAAAUAACGAUAACGUUAAGGCAGUCUCGUUGAGGAAUUUUAUUCAACCGACCCAACAAUGGGCUCAUUCGAUAAAAUUUAGAAUUUGAUCAAACUUUAUAUACAUAAAGAAGAGGUCAA